GCUCUUUUGCCCUUGCCACCUUUUGUUUUUACAUGUGUACACUUUCACUAGAGACAGUGUGGGCCGCCAGGGAGAGUCAGCUGUGUUCCACCAUGUAAUAUGCAGGUAGCUUUAGCCCUGCCUACUUUGAUGCUGGAGACUGGGCCUAGCAUUGAAUGAAGGUCACAGGAAUGUGAGAUUGGCUCCUGCAGUCUCUCUGUCAGCAAAGGCAAGACAACAUGUCGAGGGAAAUGAGAGGAAGCAAAGGGGAGAUACGGAACAUAACUAAUGUGUACAAUAUGUGUUGGUUUUAUUCAGCUUCUUAGAAAGUACAUAGCCUCAACCACUGGGGUCACUUAAGUGCUGCAGUGAAAGUUGAAAAGCCUGUCCGUUUCUAUCCUCCCCCUCUCCUUCUCUCUUUCAUCUCUCUCUCUCUCUCUCCCACUCCCUCCUCCCUCUCUGGUUUCUCUCUCUCCUCUGUUGAAUGACCUUCGGAGAUCAGUGACUAGCACUUCCUGUCGUUGGCUUGAAGCAGAACCAAGGGCAAAGUUUGCACGGCUGUUUGGUUGGCUGGUUCUAUCCAGCGAUGCCGAAGGGAUGUUGCAUUGCAGGUCACAGCGAGCACAUCCACCAUUAUAACCCUGUCUGUUUUUUUAAAUUAAUCACAACGCAUUUGCACCAACAUCUGUGAGAGUGUAAUGCGUCUGUGCGUGUAGUUAAUCUGUAAUUCCUGGCCCGGGAACUUCUUGUUUUUUUCUAUUUUGCCCGAGUAGAUCAUUUACCCUGCAUGCUGCAACCGUGCCUGUUUGUUUCUUUCAUCAAGGUGAAUGCUGUCAUAGUUCAGGAUUUGUAAACCCUUUGAUUUACAGCCGCCAUUUACCUUGUCAGUAUGACAUUUGUCCCCUAGGCUGUUUAUUCCAUCUGUUCAGGUAUAGUAAUUCAGAAUAAAACUGACAUGCCGAAUGCUAAACAUUCGGUAAAGAGUCUCAGGUGGUCUAAUGAUAUGUCCUGGUUUAUGGUAAAGUACGUUAUGUCACUUUCUGCUUCGUCCACUUAAAACCUAGCAGACUUAAACCUUUAGUGACCUUCCUGCAGAACUGCCCAUUCUGCAUCAUUGACAGUUUCACACGGCAGCAUGCGGAAAAUUGACCUCUUCAUGACCUGUCAGUGUAGCAACACUCACAAAAAACAUGUCUUUGAUCGGACUAUUGGUAGAUUUCAUCAGCUGUAGUGGCCAUGUGAAAGAUGAGACGGUGGUUACGUGUUUGCUUAUUAUCCUGCCUGAUGUUUUGACUGAGCAACCCUGAAGAGUAACAAUGUGUAGGGUCACAAUAGAAAAAUAAAUAUUUUCUCUUUUUGGCCCCUUCAUACCUUCUGUUAUUAUCUUAUUUGAAAGUAUCUGGGAUUACUUGAACUAUACUCACAGCUUUUCAAACUGAUCGAUUAAUAAACUAAUCGAAUAAAGUGUGUCAACAACAUGGGUAUAAUGGGCAUUUCACUGAGCUGUGAGGUAAACUUCCUCUGUGACCUAAGUUAAACAAUCCACACUUAUUUCAGACUUAAAGAAACUUUAUUUAGUUCACUCUUUUGCCUCAAAUAGGCCUCCAGUUUGUCCUACUGCCUUCCUCAUUACCGAUCAACUCUAAUGCAAAAUUAACUUAAAUUCAAACCAACCGUCAGGUCAUUAAGGGAGAAAUUAACUGCAGAACAUUUGACAUAAUCACAGACCAAUUAAUUAGCUCAACACUGUCUCAAUCUCUUUUACAACGAUGCUGAUGUCUGAGUGGGACACUGAACACGUUGCCCUCUCUCUUUUAGAAACUAAAAGAGCAAAUGAAUAGGCACAAGGCUCAGUGAUGCUAUCUUGAUGUGUUUUUUUCUUGUCUUCAGCCAACACUGCUAUCAGGUUUAUUUGGACAGGUCUUUUUUUAAAGUGGUGUGAUGUCAGAGUUGGAGCAAGUCGCUGUUGCUGCUGUGGGUGGCCAAUUGAUGUGACGUGCCAGUUAGUGAGGGAGGGAUGGAUGGAGGGAGGGAGGGAGAUGCAGGACUCGGCUGGCAGAACAACAUAAGUGCUGAUUCAGCUGCAGCAAGUGGAGCAGCAUUGACUUUCUCAGAAGUUGGAAGAAGGGGAAUCGGGUGAGAAUAAGUUAGACUGAACAAGAGAGAAACCCACACCCACGAGUGACAGAGAGAGAUGGGAAGUACUGGAGAAGAGACAGGAAGAGAGAUGUAGCACUGCUGAAGGAGGAAGAGCAAGUUGCUGGUUUGUGGACAAAGUACAGAUGUCACAUUUGCCCUCAAAGGCACACACACACACACACACACACACACAGCAGAGUUAGUAGGAAACCCAACACCGGUGUCUCAAUGACCUGAUGAAGGACAACAGGGAAGAGGAGAGAUGCACAAUGUACACUAAUAUAGCAUACAGUGGCAGCUUUGAAAAAAACACAGCAGAGAUGCUUGUCAGGUUAAUUACAAAAGAAUGAUACAGAAUAUGUUUCAUCAAAGUAUAAAACGUUUAUUACACUUGUACCUACACUGCUGACCAUGUGUAUGGAGUGAAAAGAGCGUAAAGCCUUUAAAAGAUUCUUAAGUACAGAUAUCCAUCCAAGGAAUACUGCAGAGCUUACUAUAGAUUGGAGACAGGAUAUUUAAGAACCAGAACGCAGAUCAAAUUAUCAAUCUUGACACUGGCGGACUCCAGCUGUCAGCAUCAACCUCCAGACCGCUACAACUUUUAUAAUCUUAACAUUUACGAGCUUUCACUGAGUUUCAAAAUCGAUUUUCUUUGUGUGGUGGAUCACCCCACUCAACUGGUUUAAUUGGCUCGACUAAAGCCAGACCAUAGAAGGUGUUCCAGAAGUCAACAGAAGACAUCUUGUUCUGCACUUGUCUGUCAGACAUCAGGACGCUCCCAUGCAAACGUUCCAUUGACACCAAACCCUGAUGACAAUAUGAGUGUCCUGUAGGCAGCUCUCUUAGCUCGCUGGAGGAGCACCCUUAAGGCUCGUUGAUAUGCACACUGUUGUUCUGUUUCCUGUCCUCCUCUCACGCGUCUCCUCUUGUGACACUUGCUUUUCUCAUUUCUUUUCACAUAUUGACUUCCCCUCUGCCCCCCCCCCCUCCCCUCCUCCUCCUGCUGCUGUGGUUAGUGCAUGGCUGUGUAUUUAGAUUGAAGGUCACAGGGUCAGAGAGAGGGGGUUGGAGUCUAUGUGUGACUUAAUAACGGCUCUCUCUCCACAAGUGUUUUAAAAAAAGAAGAAAAAAGGGCAGGAUUUUAAGAGAAUCAUUUACUAUUUUAACUUCUCUAUCCUCCUCUGUUUCCUCUAAGACGGAGUGUUGUUACCAUAGCACUUAUCCUGACUUGCAAUGCUGUUAAAUGUCUAAUUAUUAUUUCUUGUCAGGCUUCCAGUUAGAGAGAACCACACAGGCUGGCAGGCAGGAGUACACAAACGGAUACACAAGCAGAUUAGAGGAUGUCUGCAGAUGCAUUUGGAGCCGGGGGGAGCGAUGCCCAGCAAACCCUGCAGUCCUUCUGGCCUCGUGUCAUGGAGGAGAUCAGGAACUUGACUGUGAAGGAUUUCCGUGUGCAAGAGUUACCUCUGGCUCGCAUCAAAAAGAUCAUGAAGCUGGAUGAGGAUGUCAAGAUGAUCAGUGCAGAGGCUCCGGUCCUGUUCGCCAAGGCAGCUCAGAUCUUCAUCACAGAGCUCACCCUCAGAGCAUGGAUCCACACCGAGGACAAUAAGAGACGCACACUACAGAGGAAUGACAUUGCCAUGGCAAUAACAAAGUUUGACCAGUUUGACUUCCUGAUUGACAUCGUGCCCCGGGACGACCUGAAGCCACCGAAACGACAGGAGGAGAUGCGUCAGUCAGUUGCUCCAGCAGAGCCGGUGCAGUACUACUUCACUCUGGCCCAGCAGCCUGGAGCUGUACAGGUGCAGACCACACAACAGGGCCAGCAGCCCAGCUCAGCCACGACCAUCCAGCCUGGACAGAUCAUCAUCACUCAGCCACAGCAAGGACAGAUGCUGCAAGGUGCCACCAUGCAGCAGUUACAGCAAUUGCAGAUGCUGCAAGGUGCGACAAUGCAGCAGUUACAGCAUGUGCAGGUGCAGUCACAGGGCACACCCAUCACGAGUGCGCCGGUCACAAUGCAGGUGGGUGACAGCCAACAGGUACAAAUUGUCCAAGCUUCAGCUGCCCAGAGUCAAGUCCAGAACGCUCAAGGCCAGACCAUGCAGGUCAUGCAGCAGAUCAUCACCAACACAGGAGAGAUCCAGCAGAUCCCGGUGCAACUAAACACGGGCCAGCUACAAUACAUCCGUCUAGCCCAGCCUGUGUCUGGAACUCAAAUGGUCCAAGGACAGAUCCAGACUCUCGCCAACGCUCAGCAGUUAACACAGGCAGAGGUGCAGCAAGGACAGCAGCAAUUCAACCAGUUUACUGAUGGACAGCAGUUGUAUCAGAUUCAGCAGGUGACGAUGCCAGCAGGACAGGAGCUGACCCAACCCAUGUUCAUUCAGUCCACCAACCAGACCGUUGACGCGCAGGUCACGCAGGUCACGCAGGUCACGCAGGUCAGCACCGAAUGAGCCCAACAAGGAACCGUUUCUCCACACACGCAACACGCAGACCAGCCCAUGCAAAGCCAACAGAUGCCCCGACCUCGACGAAGGAAGCUUGAUAAACUCCAAUUAUAAGCCCUGCUCAUCUAGACGAGGGACCGGAAAUCAAUUUAAACUCUUUGUACUAAAUUUAGUAAACUGGAUAAAACAACAAGGGACACGGACGGACUCUCAAAAUGAUGACAUCUUAAGUUGCAUCUAUGCUUAGACACGGUUGACGUUUUGUACUUCUGUUACCGGACAUUUGUUGAGAAACGUGAAUCCACUGCCACAGUCCUGCAGUCUGUCCACAGACCGACUCAACUAUACUUCUGUCAAAACUUCAAACAUAAGACACGGUUUUAUUCCUGGCGCCUUCCUUUCUGCUCUCUUUAUUUGGAAAUUAAUUGGGGAAAGUGUCCGUCUCUCACUACAUGACAUGUUCCUAUCUGUGGCUGACGGUAGCCAUGAGAUUCAGACCCUCUUCAUUGUUUUGCAUAUAGUUGAUGGAUGAAAUGAAGCCAUAUACCUCAGAUAUAACUUUUUAAAGAAAGUCAAUCUAAGGGAUCUUGAGAAGAGGUUAUACGUUUCAAUGAUUUCAUGUAGUUUCUCUCUAGUUUGUUCCAUAUUGACGAUGAAGCAUGCCUUUAUGUUAUAAGGGACUUUAAACUGUAUAGGUUAACUGUGUGUGUAAAGGGUCGGCUUGACUCUUCCAUAUUGUUCCUUUCAUUCACUCUUUCUUCAUCCCUCUGUCUUCAGAGCAGGGAAGCUCUUCUCUGCCUCUAUGCAGAUUCACUCGACCCUCUCGACCCGGGCGUUGUUUGAGUCUUGUGCCCCGGUUUAAGUGUCACGUACAAACUUUCUGGAGCUAAAUAAAUGACCUUUUCAUAGAAAUCCCUUUUUUUCAAUACAAUUGUUUUUCUUUUGGAUUUGAGAUGAUAUUUGGCCUAAUUUUUUUGUACAGUAAUGAUUAUUGUCAAUGUUCUUAUUAUUGUUGUUUUUGCAUGUAGUUCAAACUGCCAGCUUGACAUGCAAUAGAUAGGUACAAUUUUAUUUUUGAUGUUUCUUUUUGUAAACAAACUUUGUUUGUGAGAAAAAAUAAAAAAACAUAACUUGU